AUGUCGGCAACACCGCCUUCAAACCCGGCCUCCUCGAGCUCUUCUCAAGAAGCCAGCUCGCAACCAGAGAAGCCAUCCACGGAGAAGCCAACCCUGACGCUGCCCGAGCCGCCAAAGGAGGGUGAUACCAUCAAUCUGGACGUGGGAGGCGAGGGUGUCAAGCUGGACCACUUGGGUCCCCUGGUCGUGAACGAGAAUGGCACCAUGAGCCGCAUCUCCAACUGGACCGAGAUGAGCGAGAUUGAGCGGCAGAACACGCUACGUAUUUUGGGCAAGCGGAACCAACUUCGGUUGAAGAAACUGAGAGAAGCUGCAGAGCAGAACAAAUAG